AAGCUUCAAAACUGAAUUUCCAGCCCCUUUUCCGACGCAAACACCCCCUCCCCUAGCAGCGGAGGCCGCCCCUCAGCGGCCGCCCGGCAUUUCGGGACUUGUAGUUCCCCGCGCUGCGCGACAUGGCGGCUCCGCGGGCGCUGGUAGUUUUUGUCGCCGGGUUCCUCCUCGCUGCUAGCUCCCGGGCCAGCAAAUACUCCCGGGAAGCCAACGAGGGGCUGGCCGCCGCCGGGGCCAAGCGGCGGGAGACCGGGGAGUUCCGUGUGGUGAGGCUGAACCAGGUCUGGGAGAAGGCGCAACGGCUUCAUCUCUCUGCCGUGAAACUGGCAGAGUUGCACAGUGAUCUAAAAAUACAAGAAAAGGAUGAGCUAAGCUGGAAAAAACUGAAGGCUGAAGGGCUUGAUGAAGAUGGAGAGAAAGAAGCCAAGCUUAGACGCAAUUUAAAUGUCAUUAUGACGAAGUAUGGAAUGAAUGGAAAGAAGGACUCUCAGCUAGUCGAUACCAACUACAUUAAAGACGGUACAGAAAGUGAUACACUGGAUGACCCAAGACUAGAAAAAUUAUGGAGCAAGGCCAAGACCUCUGGGAAGUUCUCUGAUGAGGAAUUGGAUAAGCUUUGGCGAGAGUUUAAGCACCACAAAGAAAAGAUUCGUGAAUACAAUAUUCUGCUAGAGACCGUGAGCAGAACAGAAGAUAUCCACAAAAAUGUCAUCAACCCAUCUGAAGAGAACCUGGUGAAAGAGGAAUUAUUGCACAACAAACACAGAGAGCUCAAAGACAAGCUAAGAAGCAUCAAUCAGGGAUUUGAGCGUUUGCGUAAAGUCAGUCACCAGGGAUAUGAUGCAACCAGUGAAUUUGAAGAACCAAGGGUGAUUGAUUUGUGGGACAUGGCGAAAUCAGCCAAUUUCACUGAGAAAGAACUUGAAUCUUUUCGGGAGGAGCUGAAACACUUUGAAGCAAAAAUUGAGAAACACCAUCACUACCAGAAACAACUAGAGAUUUCACAUGAGAAACUGAAACACGUAGAGGGAACUGGAGAUAAGGAACAUCUGAACAGAAAUAGAGAGAAAUAUGCCAUGCUGGAAGAAAAAACAAAAGAGCUUGGAUAUAAAGUAAAGAAGCACCUGCAAGACUUAUCCAGCAGAAUCUCUCAAGGUCUUCAACAUAAUGAAUUAUAAACAUCUGUUCUCCUUCAUGGGAUCCAUCUAUGAACAAAAAACAAAUAAUGGUGGGUUUUCUUUCUGAACAGGAUUCACAAAGCAGUCUUUCUGAAAUACUAAGGAUUGAAGAGGGUUGUCCUGUAAGAAAACUUCUUUUUUUUGGUCCACUUGGUUUUGUAUUUGCACUAUUAAAUUAAAUGAUUACAGUAUAAAUUUAAGUUGCACAUCUUGGAUCAUGUAAAUUAUACACGUGAAUCAAGUAACAGCCUUUGAAAUAAGUAGUCAUUUCAAAAGGAAACACGUGUGAACUUCCUGAACAUUCCUGAUAGUGGAAAAAAAUACUAAUCUUAAAAUUAGUUAAGGUAUUCUGAUAAAUGAAAGCAAGCACUGAGGUACGGGACAUUAAAACAGAGGUCAGAGAAGUUUUUUAAUUUCCAUGUUUGACUUAAUGACUUUCCUACUGAAGGUAACUAAAAUAUUUCUACUGAUUUGAGCAGUGGUUUAGAACUGCACUGUAUAUAAAUCUUUCAUGUGAGAGGAGGAGGAGGAAUAAGGAUGAAAAAAGUAUUGAGGUCAGUUCACACAACUUACAGACUAACACAUCAGAAGUUACUGAAUGUAUAUGUACAAUUGUCAUUCAUUGUUGCUUGCUUUUGUUACACUUAGUCAUUAAAAAUCAAAACGGG